AUACUCUUUCAGACUGAGCAUUCACCGCGAUGCCUUGCUCGUCAAUUCUCCGUCACAACUACCUCAGAGUCAGUCCAUACCUGGCCAUGACUCUCAAACACCCAAAACCCACCAUAUUUCAUCUACACUUCAAUCGUCACCUUCCCAAAAACCCUACCUUGAGGCACCAAAAGCUAUCUCAUCACCACAAUCGUCCGAGACCCAUUUUCGCAUUCACGUGCUCAGCGGCUUCCCCCGGUGUUUCUGUAUCGAAGAGGAGCAAUGGGUCUUAUUCUUCUUCUUUGCCUUACUUUUAUCAGCAGAAUUUGGGCUAUGGUCGGUUUGCGUAUGAUGAAUAUGCGUCGGAGGAGGAGUCUGAUCGUGAAGUUGAGUCUUCUAAGCAAUUGCAAUCAUCUGGAAGUGGCUUAGUGUUCACCGCCUAA